CUAUUCGUUGUUAAUAAUAAAAAGUAUUGCUGUAUUUCCUGUUACAACCUCCGUUUCUGUCGAUGAAGAUAUAGACAGAGAGACAAUACGCUAUAUCCUUUAAGCACAUUUGGCAAGAAAACCAGAAGGCUGUCUCUCACUUUUCAUUUUUUUUUUCACGCUUCAAAUCUCCAAAAAUUUCAUUCUAAUUUAACUGACACACUCGUCUUUCUCUCUCCCUCUCUCUCUCUCUCUCUUUCUCUCUCUUCUAUACCUAACCAAUCCCUCGAUCCCAAACACGAAUCCCCCAAUUUUUUUCCGUACACUUAUUCCUUUUUUUUCACCAUUUUCUGAUAUCUUGAUUGAAUUUGAAAAUUUUGAUUUUGAUUCGGCGGUUGUGAUCUGUGGGGGGAUUUGAAUUGAAAAAGCGUCGGAGAAGAAUCGUAAUGAGAUAAGAAGGAAAUGGCGGGGCAAAAUCCAAUGGAUCAGUUUGAAGCGUACUUUAGGAGAGCCGAUUUGGAUGGCGAUGGCAGGAUCAGCGGAGCUGAGGCUGUUUCUUUCUUUCAAGGAUCCAAUUUGACCAAACAAGUCCUUGCUCAGAUUUGGAUGCAUGCUGAUCAGAGCAAAACUGGUUUCCUUGGUCGUGCAGAAUUUUAUAAUGCUCUCAGACUUGUAACUGUGGCACAAAGUAAGCGAGAAUUAACCCCAGAUAUUGUCAAGGCAGCCCUAUAUGGUCCAGCUGCUGCAAAAAUUCCUCCACCUAAAAUCAAUAUUCCAGCCACACCUACACCCCAAAUGAAUUCAAUGGUUGCUGCGCCUGCUCCACAGAUGGGUCCAGUUGCACCAACAUCCUCUCAAAAUCUUGGCUUUAGAGCACAAGGAGUUCCAAACCCAAGUAUGAACCAGCAUUACUUUCCUCAGCAAAAUCAGGCCGUUAGACCACCUCAAGUCAUGCCUCCUGGUACCGCUUCCCUUCCACCACAGAGUAUUGCUGGUCUGGAACCAAAUAGGGGAGGUAAUAUGUUAGGUACCAAUGUUCCCAACUCAAACAUCUCGAACGAUUGGCUUGGUGGAAGAACAAGUGCAGUUCCUAAUGGGCCUAGAGGGGUUAGCCCGUCAAUGCCCUUGCCUACUUCACAGCUGCAAGCUCCUGUCUCUAUGGCUUCCCCAGUCUCCAUGGGUUCCCAGCCUACAGCUAAUGCCUCUAAAGCAUUAGCUGUUACAGGAAAUGGGUUUGCUUCUGACCCCAUUUCUGGAGUUGAUAUGUUUUCUGCAAUCUCAUCUGGAACAAAAAAAGAACCUUCUGGGCCAAGUUACUCUUCUAGUGGUGCUCCUGCCUCUUCAGCCAUCUCUCCUGUUUCUAGUGGGCCUCAACCUUUGGCUAAACAGAGCUCACUUGAUUCAUUGCAAAGUGCAUUCUCAAUGCAACCUGCUGGCGGUCAGAUUCCGCGGACCCAGUCAUCAUUCAGCCCAAGUCAACAGGUUUCAGCUCAAGGUUCUUCACCACUUGCAUCUUCUGGGAUUUCAGUUGGACCUGGAAAUUCUACUCCUGAUAAUUCACAGCUUUCUUGGCCAAAGAUGAAACCAUCUGAUGUUCAGAAGUAUACGAAAGUGUUUAUGGAAGUAGACACUGACAGAGAUGGGAAAAUCACUGGUGAGCAGGCACGGAAUCUCUUCUUGAGUUGGAGAUUACCAAGAGAGGUUUUAAAGCAGGUGUGGGACUUAUCUGACCAGGAUAAUGAUAGUAUGCUUUCUUUGAGGGAAUUUUGCUGUGCUCUCUAUAUGAUGGAAAGAUAUAGGGAAGGUCGCCCACUUCCAGCUGCGUUACCAAGUAAUAUCAUGUAUGAUGAGACGCUGCUCUCUUUGACUGGUCAACCCAAAGUGACUUAUGCAAAUGCAGCUUGGGGCCCCGGUCCUGGCUUUGGACAGCAGCAAGCGAUGCCAGGUGCUGGACCAGUGGCGCCUGGAACUAAUUUGAGGCCACCAAUGCAGGUAAGUGGCCCCCGUGCAAUCCAACCGAAUCAGCAAAAGCCAGGAGCGCCUGCAUUGGAGGAUUCCUUUCUCAACCAACAUGGUACUGGAGGACAGAAUGCAGCAAAUUCAAAGCCUCGAGAGGCAACAACUGCUGGGGAAAAGGUUCAAGAAACUGAAAUACUGGAUUCUAAAGAGAAGCUUGAGUUCUACCGCACAAAAAUGCAGGAACUUGUUCUCUAUAAAAGAAGAUGUGAUAAUAAACUCAACGAGAUCACAGAAAGGGCAUCUGCUGAUAAGCGUGAGGCAGAGUCAUUGAUUAAGAAAUAUGAGGAGAAGCACAAGCAAGUGGCAGAAAUUGCAUCUAAAUUAACUAUUGAAGAGGCUAGAUUUCGUGAUAUUCAGGAGAGGAAAAAGGAGUUGCAUCAAGCAAUUGUUAACAUGGAACAUGGAGGCAGUUCAGAUGGUAUUCUUCAGGUUCGAGCUGAUCGUCUUCAAUCAGAUCUUGAGGAGCUACUGAAGGCUUUAACUGAACGUUGCAAGAAACAUGGAUUAGAUGUUAAGUCAACUGCAUUAAUUGAGCUUCCAAUUGGUUGGGAACCUGGAAUUCAAGAGGAAGCGGCUGUUUGGGAUGAAGAGUGGGAUAAGUUUGAAGAUGAAGGUUUUGCUAAUGAUCUCACUCUUGAUGCAAAAAAUGUUUCUGGCCCUUCAAAACCACAAUCUGCAUCUGUUCACAAAGAAAAAGUUUCUGGAAAUGGUAGUUCAACCCCCAAUUUCUAUGCUAAUGGAAAGGCAGGGAAUCUUCCAGGUAUUAGUGAACAUGGCUUUGAGAGUGAAUCUGCAUAUUCCCACAGUGAAGAUGAAUGGGCAAGAAGCCCUCAUGACAGUCCUGCUGGAAGGACUGCUUUGGAGAGUCCAUCUCAAGAAUUUUCAGAUACUCCGUUUGGAAAAGGUUCUGAAGCAGAUGCAGAAAUGCAUAGAAGUUUUGAUGAAUCAACUUGGGGUGCCUUCGACAAUAAUGAUGAUGUGGACUCAGUGUGGGGAUUUAACCCUAACCAUACCAAGGACUCAGAUACUGAGAAGCACAAAGAUGUCUUUGGAUCUAGUGACUUUGGUGUAAGCCCAGUAAGAACAGGAUUUUCACAUACAGAAAGUACCUUUCAGACGAAGAGCCCUUUUAGUUUUGAAGAUUCUGUACCUGGCACUCCAAUGUCCAAGUUUAGCAAUUCCCCAAGGUACAGUGACGUAGGGGAUCACUUCUUUGACAACUCCUCAAGGUUUGAUUCCUUCAGCAUGCACGAUGGAGGUUUUUCCCCACGGGAUAAGCUUACAAGGUUCGAUUCCAUGAACAGCACCAAAGAUUUUGGCAGGUUCGAUUCCAUGAACACCUCUAAAGACUAUGGCAGGUUCGAUUACACGAACACCUCUAAAGACUUUAGCAGGUUCGAUUCCAUGAACUCCUCUAAGGACUUUGGCAGGUUUGAUUCCACGAACACCUCCAAAGACUUUAGCAGGUUUGAUUCCAUGAAUACCUCCAAAGACUUUGGCUACGGUGGUAAGCAUACAAGGUUUGAUUCCAUGAGCAGCACACAAGACUUUGGCUACGGUGGUGAGAAGCAUACAAGGUUUGAUUCCAUGAGCAGCACGAAAGACUUCGGCCACAGUAGUGCAUUUUCUUUUGAUGAAGCAGACCCCUUCGGCUCCUCUGGCCCAUUUAAGGUCUCAUCAGAAAGUCAAACUCAAAAGAGGGGUUCAGAUAAUUGGAGUGCUUUCUAGCUUGGCAGUUUACCUUGUGUUUCUACUCUACACUUCCUUUUCCCCCAUUUUCUUCCGGGGUCGUUAAUGUUAGCCAUUUUUUUAUUGUGCUGUAUAGCUUGUAACAAAAUCUCGACGAUUGUAUUGUUGUAUGGUAUGGCCUUGAAUUAUUUUGAGGAUAAUCUGCUUUUGUCUUUUGGGAACAUGCGGUUGAAAUAGUAACACAAGUAAAAGGGGUUAAAAAAAAGCUUGAUCUUUAAAUAAAAAACCCCGAAUUUUUUGUAUUAUUCUGACCAGCACUAUUAUGCUGUGCCAGUCAACUUUGCUUGUUUGUGGCAGUUAUUUAAGUUGUUUCAGUCCAACUAUUUCUAUGUA